GCACAGCAUCCCUCGGGGAAGCGUAAAUCUCUUGGUUCGGAGGCGGAUUUGGGAUCCUGGCUUGCGGUAAACGGCGAGCCUCGGCCUCGACUGGAUCAAGUUGAAAAUAUCGAGACUGCAUCUCUAUUGAGGCCGCGUUUCAAAUAAACUUUGGGCGCUUUUGUAUAAGAAGCUCAAGAUAUUUCCCAGCAGAGGAAGUUUGAAAUGUCUUCUCCUCACCUUCAUCGGCGGGCUUAAUAUCGCAUACACACUCCCUUCCCAACGACCGCUCUCUUAGUCUCCCAAACUUGUAUCUAGAACUAGUUCAUUCCCACUAAUAGCUUAUUCCCCGCACCCUCCCCUCCCGUAAUCAACCAUGCUCACCUCGACCGUCUUCGCCAUCGGAGCGGCCGCUCUUCUCGGCCAGGCUCAGGUCGUGGUCGGUCAGGCAGACAUCAAUGCCGUCUUCCGGAGCGCCAUCGCCACCGAGAACUGGGCCACCGCCGACAUCACAAACGACCCCUUCUACGACCUGCCCUCCAACUUCUCCAGGGAGAGCUCCCGGCCCGGCGACCUGCUCCGCUGGCAAGACGUGCCCUUCCGGCAAUUGGCCACCAACUUUACGCGCAUCCCCCGCGGGAUGUCGCUGUCGCGUUUCGUCUACGUGACGGAAGAUAAGGACCGCAAGCCGAUCCCGUCCAGUGGCUACGUUCUUUUGCCGUAUUCGCUGCCCCAGGGCCAGGAGAAGUUCCGCACCAUCGCCUGGGCCCACGGCACGGCCGGAAACGCGCGCAAAUGCGCACCCAGCAACAAUCUGCAGCUCGAUUACGCCUGGCAGGCACCCUUCCUGUACGCCUCGCAGGGCUUCGCCGUCGUCGCUACCGAUUACGCCGGGCUGGGCGUCGAGAUCCCCAGCACUUUCCAAUACGAAGCUGGUGAUUUGCACGCUGCAGAUGUGGCCUAUUCCGUCGUUGCCGCGCGCAAAGUCCUCGGCGCCCACCUUACGGACGAAUGGGUCGUCGCUGGCCACUCCGAGGGCGGCAUGACCGCAUGGCGCACCAACGAGCGUUUGGCUCGCGAUGGGCAGGAGGAACUUCUUAAAGCUGGCAAAUUUCUCGGUGCUGCCUCGAUUGCCCCCGCCCUGCAGCCGAUCCAGCUUAUCCCCAAGGAGAUCCAGAGGGCCGGCCCGAACGGCACCCUGGGCAUCAACUCGGUCUACGUGCUCCAGGCCCUCGAGGGAAUCUACCCCAGCAUUAAACUGUCCGACUACGUCAGCGAUGCCGUCUUGUCCAUGAUGCCAUUGAUCAACCAGUCGUGCCUGCUCACCGGUGCCGCCCUGAUCGGCACCCUCAAGGCUUCCCAGGUCUUUAAGAACACCAGCUGGAUCACCGGGCCCGAGAUGCAGGACUGGCAAAAGAGGAUCAAUGGUGCCGGGCCCCACAAGCUGGCCGGACCCAUGAUGGUCGUGCAGGGCGACAUCGACACCCUCACCUACCCCGAGAACAACGAGGCCGACUUUGAUGCCACCUGCCAGGCCUUCCCCGAGUCCAGCAUGGAGUGGCUGUCUGUGCCCCAGGCUGCCCACGAGACCGCCCUCGAGGCCGGUGCCGACCGUUAUGUGCCGUGGAUAAAGGCCCUUUUUGACGGCAACGUCCCCGCUCAGGGCUGCACCAAGUCGGUGCUUGCCAACUUUACCAACACCUUCCGCCGCGACUAAGAUUCCCUCACCCUUGAUGAACUUUCGUAUAAAGACUCACGCAUAGAAAUUGUUUUUUUUUCCUGUACAUGUAUAACGAUGCGACAAGUUCAGCGCUUACUUGGUGGAACAAUACGAUCUGCAUACAGCGGCAUUUGUCUCGGCUUGUUUCAAACAUUUAUGUAGUAGUAGUAGUAGUAUUAUUU